AAAUUAGUUUUUGUAAUGGCUAGCACUAUUGGUUACAGUUCUCUCUGGCUCCUAUUGAAAGAUGCCCAAGGGGAGAAGAGUGGAUCCCUACUUACAUUCAGAAAGAAAAAAGAUGUACCUGUCCUGAGAGGAUCUCUUCUUGUUGCCCUCCCACCUAAAGACACACCAUCCGGGGCUGAUGGGAAACCAGCUCACAACUAUGGUGUGCACAAUGAAGACAUCACCUUGUACUGCUCUGAAUUUGACAUUGCCCCACUCACUAACUACGAGUUCCAGCUACUCAGUGGAAUAUCAGCGUUAGGAGCACGAUACAACUCGUUCAUUGAUGACAAUCAUGAAUGGGGCUCCAAAUUGAGACUGGGUGCUACUGUGUACAUUGCAUUACCAACUAAAGAAGCCUUCGCUAACACCGGUUGUCAAGCUGUGGUGAGGUGGAUUGGAACUCUACCUGGAGAGAUGGGGAUUAAGUUUGGAAUAGAAAUCAUUGAUGAGAAGUAUCGAGGGUCAGGGUCCACCAAUGGCUUGUUCCAACAUCGUCAAAUUUUCACUUGUGGCGACAAUUGUGGGAUGUUUGUGUCUCUGGAGAGGCUCAACUUCCGUCCAACAAGAACACCGACUGCUCAACCCACAAAAGCCACCCUACCUCACCAAGUGCUCUCUCGAUUGGGGCUGAAGGCAGACAGUGAAGGCAAAUCACAGAAUACACCAGGUGGCAGAGCAAAUACCUCUCAGGGACCAACAGCAAGUACUCGCUCUCAAGGACACACGAACAGUGGCUCUCGCUUUCACAAAGGAGACAGAGUGGUAACUCACAACAAGGAUCAAACUCCCAUUCAUGGCACAGUGAGGUGGACUGGAAUAGCCAAUACUGAGGGUGAUAAAGUGAAUGCCGUCGGAAUUGAAACGGAUAUUCCUGUCCAAAGAGGUGACUUUCUUAUUACUAUCACUGGAUUAAGUUCAAACUUUAGAUGUGAAAACUCGAAACACGGCAAACUUGUUGUUCCUGAGGAACUGGUUCAAACAGAAAUGAAGGAAAAACAGAGGAGAGUUGAAGAGAGGCAGAGAAAAGAAGAGGAAUUAGCACGCCUGCAUGAGGGAAUGAAAGCUGCUAGAGUUGUAAACCCUUCUGGUUCCUGUGUCGAUUCACCCGACAGCCAUCACUCUGAGAGUCGUCCGCCAGCCAUCUAUGACAUCAUGCCUGGGGCUGGCAACAAGCAGCCUGAUGUGAUAGUCAUUGCUCCUGAAUCUCAGGAUUCUACUAAGCAUCAGUUUGUAAUUGGCUCUCGAGUUAAGUUUUCUGACCCACCUCGAUACGGUGAGAUUUGCUGGAUGGGCAACUUCCCUCAAGUCAAUGGACUGAUAGCGGGAGUAGAGUUGGAGGAGGAUAUGGAUGGCUGUACUGAUGGUACUUGGCAGGGGACGAGGUGUUUCUCUUGCAAGUACGGCCGAGGAUUCUUCUGCCCUGUCACAGCACUCCAUCCUGACCAGCGUGGAUAUGCCCCCUCGAGACAGCCACUCCCACUCCAUGCUGCUCCUAUGAACAUCUCCAAAGGCUCUGCUGUUCAGUUCGGUGACUCUCAAAACCCGUGGUAUGGGAUUGUGCGGUGGAUUGGGAUCCUCCCUGGCGAACAGGAGCUAGUGGCAAGGAUUGAGCUGGAAGAGUAUUCUGAUCGUUGUGGAGAUGGAGAGUUGAAUGGCGUCCGUUACUUGCAAUGUGGCUAUGGCAGGGCAACCUUCUAUCCAGUGGCUCGUCUCCAACCUGACCAGAGAUAUGCUGACUCAGCACCUGCUCAUGGAUUCCCAGCACAAACCGGCAUUAACCCUCUACAAGUGCCAUUCGAAGAGAACGUUGAUCAAACAACAGUGCCACACCCACUCCACUACGUGGGUGAUCAGAAGGGUAUCCAGGGAAACCAGAACUCUUGCUACCUGGACUCCACUCUCUUUGGAUUAUUUGCCCUCAGCGAUAUCUUUGAUGACAUGUUCCUGGAAGAAGAUAGUCACAGCACUGCUGACAUCAACAGACAGGCCAUCAGUAACAUGCUCUGGAAGGGAAUCGUCAACCCUCUCAGAAAGAAUGGUGUGGUGAGGUUUGAAUCCAUUAUGAAGAUGAGAAACAAGCUGGGUGAGCUGGGGAAGAUUGAGAAGGAGAAAGAUCCAGAGGAGUUUCUGAACAUGCUGUUUAAGCACGUACUACACGCAAGGCCAUUCAUCUCCAUCAGGCGUCCGUUUGGUGUGGAGCAAGAGUUCUUUGUCCAACUGUUUGUGGAGCCAGAUCCUAACAUCAAACUACCCACUGUGGGGAUACUCAUUACCAUGAUGUUCAAGGAGCAAAAUAUCUCAUUUACCAAGAUCCCAUCAAAAUUUCUCGUUCAAGUGCCACGAUAUGGAAGGGAGUUCAAAACUUACCAAAAAAUUGUGCCUGAUUUGAAGCUGAACAUUGCAGAGAUCACAGACUCAGGCAAAACCCCUCCUUGUAUGAUCUGUGGAGAGCCGUCCCAAUACAAGUGUUCCGAGUGUGUGAAUGAGCAUGAUGUCAGUAGCUGUGUGUAUUACUGUGCCACUUGCUGUCCACUGGCCCACAAGAAGGAUGAGAGAAAACAGCACAAGCCUGAGCCUGCAUUGAACAGCAAUAAUGAUGUCUACAAGUUGGACCUCCUCUCUGUGAUCUGCAUUGAGACCAGUCACUACGUUUGCUUCACUAGAGACCUCAACACUGACAAAUGGCUCUUCUUUGACAGUAUGGCCAACAGAGUCUUUGAUACGUACAACAUUCCACGUGUGACUGACUGCACUCGUGAGCUGAAUGAGUGGGUGUAUGAGGGAGACCAGGACAGGUUGAUCAACACACCACCAAGAGAGCUACCAGAGUUGGUCCGACGGUUCACUAAAGACAUGUACAUGUGUGUCUAUGUUCAGCCUGAUGUUGCUAUGUAUGGAGAUGAUGAAGAGGAGGAUUAUCUGAGUCCAGUCAGAGAGCCUUACUCCAUUGUUAGUGAAGGUGUUGUCCCAACAGUGCCCAAGCUGAAGGAGAAUAAGGAUGAUGUCAUAGAGGAGCUUAAACAAGAAAACAGAAAUCUUCAACAGAGAAUCGAAACCAAUCAGGCUGAACAAUCUAAACUAUUGGAAGCUGAGCUGCAACGAUACAAUGAGCGAGAACGUACCACUUCUCAAGAAAAAGAAGAGCAAAUACAACAUCACAAAAUGGAAAAGCACCAACUGGAAAGGCAAAAGCAAUACUUUCAACAGCAGGCUCAUGACAUGCAACGAAGGCUCGAGGUGGCAGAAAUCAAAACAAGUCAGUCAAAGUUUUCUAAGCUCCAAAUUCCGCGACUAGACCAAGACUCGUGGAAUGUACGAAGACAAGAAGUUGUGUUACAAGACAACCUAGGACAUGGUGCUUGGGGAUCAGUGUGUCGAGGGUUGUUCCGUGGUCAGCAAGUAGCAGUAAAGUGUGCACACAAAGAAAUACUCCACAAAAACACGAUUGAUCAGCUCAAGAGAGAGAUUCGAAUCAUGGCUCAUGUUCAACACCCCAACCUGGUGCGACUGAUUGCUGCUGUAGUGGACGCUGGUGUGGAAAGAGGUACUGACUCACCUCUGCUUGUUCUGGAGCUCUUGGAUACUGACGUCCGAUCCGCUUACAAGAGGAAAAUUGUCAAUUUCCAAAAGGAUGCUUUGUUAUCGAUAUUUCGAGAGGUGGCUUAUGCCCUCCACUACCUCCACGAGCAUCAAGAGCCCAUCAUCCACCGUGAUGUGAGUGCUCCCAACGUCCUCCUCCAGCAAAUACACCCAGGAGUUUGGAAGGCAAAACUAUCCGACUUUGGAUCAGCCAAUCUGGCUAAAAGCUGCAAGACAGCAGCUCCUGGUGCCAUUGUGUAUGCUGCCCCCGAAACCUUCCCACCAUCUAAUCUGGACGAUCCCCUUCCGAAACAAACUACAAAGAUUGAUGUGUACAGUUAUGGCUACCUCCUAGCUGAGGCCAUUGCCAAGGAGAUGCCUUCCCCUGAGAACAGAAGAGCAAUACUAUUACGUAUCAAGAGUGAGUGGGAACAAGUGUACGAUAUCAUAGCAGCUUGCAUCGAGAGCCAACCAGACAAUAGACUAUCAAUGACCCAAGUACUUGAAAAACUCAAUAAGCUGCCGUCUCAGUAACUAUUGCUUUAUAGCUAUAGUUUAUAGUUUUUGUUGUGCAUUUUAUUAUUAUCAAGAAUGCUAUUUCUGAUGAUAUUAUUUUUGUGUGUGCUUUUUACUGUACAUGCAUGAUAAUUAUUGUUAUGAUGAUCAUUACCAUUCCAUGCACUA